AUGCCUUUCUCAAAGUUCAAGACUCCUGAGAAGUACAGAUACAACACUGGCCUUGGAUCGUAUCAAGAAUCUGAAGCCGUAGAAGGUGCUCUACCAAUAGCACAAAACACUCCCCAACAGCCGCCACUGGGCUUAUACACAGAGAAGAUCUCGGGCAGUGCCUUCCAAGCACCCAGGAGCGAGAACCAACAGACAUGGCUGUAUCGAAUCAUCCCCGCGGCCGUGCAUCAACCAUUUGAGCCGGAAACCUCAGACGAGAGCGCAGGGCCAACGAAGAAUUUCAAUUCAUACGACAACCUCAUCCGCGUCCCGACCCAGGUGCGAUGGGACCCAUUCGACAUCGACGAGAAAGCGGACUGGAUCCAUUCAAUGCGCCUGCUCUGUGGUGCGGGGGAUGCGGCGACGAAAUCUGGUGUGGGGUACUUUAUUUUCACGGCAGGACAGUCGAUGGAUCCGCAUUCAGCCUUCUUUUCGACCGACGGGGAGCUCUUGAUCAUCCUUCAGACAGGGGUACUCGAUAUUAAGACUGAGCUAGGUCAUGUUCUCGUGCGACCGUUGGAGAUUUGCGUCAUCCCCCGCGGGAUUCGGUAUAACGUGUCACUCCCUGAGGGCCCUGUUCGGGGCUACGCCCUAGAGCUUCAUCAGGGGGUCUUCACUUUGCCGAACCUUGGCCCCCUGGGAUCAUUCAGCCUCGCGAAUGCAAGAGAUUUCCAGAUCCCUGUCGCUGCAUACGAUGAUGACACUAGCCACGAAUACAAAAUCAUCAGUAAGUUCAACGGACAACUUUACGUAGCUAGACAAGACCACUCACCUUUUGACAUCGUCGCCUGGCACGGGUCAUAUUAUCCAUACAAAUAUGACCUGGGCCGCUUUAUGACGGUCGGAAGUAUCUCAUACGACCACCCUGACCCGUCGAUCUUCACAUUGUUGGCAUCGUCCGAAGGCGUGGCAGAGCUCGCCAUAUUCCCACCACGUUGGCUGGUCAUGGAGAAUACAUUCCGCCCGCCAUGGUACCAUCGAAACACCAUGGCGGAAUUCAUGGGCCUCAUUCAGGGUGAAUACGACGCCAGAACGGAUGGCGGUUUCCGACCAGGCGGCGCGAGUCUACAUAAUGUGAUGGUGGGACAUGGACCAGAUGCCGCUACGCAUGCGCGGGCGUCACAGACCCAGCUGGUUCCGGAAAAGGUCGGUGAGGGCAGCAUGGCAUUUGUCCUCGAGUCGAAUGUCUUGCUGGGCUUGAGUGAGUGGGCGUGGUCCAAGUCGGACAAGAGGCAGUUGAACUAUAAUGCACAGACGUGGAUGGGUUUGCAGAGCCAUUUCAAGAAGCCAGCAACGGCGAGAGUGAACUCGCCUUUCCUUGCUGGUAGAGAAGAAUUGAAUGAGGUUAAGGCGGCAAGAGUGAAUGGGCACUGA